AUGUCCGAUCACGUCUUAAACUAUCGCGAAGGAUUCACUUCCGACGUCAGUUUCUUGUCAAUUUCAUUUUCCCUGGGAUGUUCUAGAAAUCUUAAAAUAACUGUCUGAAAAAAUGAGCUUGUGAUAGUGUUUUUUGGCCUAAAUCUUGAAAUCCGUUAAAAAGUCUAGAAGAGAAACAAGGUUUUUUUUUUCAAACCUUUGAUAAAUAAUUUAGUAAAAAUAGCUCUAAUCCUUUUUCCGACAGUUAUAUUUAUUCAUUUGAUAAAUUUUUACCAUCAAAAUAAAUCAAACAUUUUUUUAAGGAAUUACUUCUAAAAAAAUGUUGAUUAAUUUUGCACAGAAUGAUCAAAAUGUUUCCCAGAACCCGAUGCCUGGCUCUGCUGGAGAAGUUCGGCCCAACAUCGGCAGCGGGGCUCAUGUACGAUUUUAAAGAUUUCUUUCUAGUUGUGUCAAGUAAAAUUUCCACUCCCAACCAAGCAAAAUCAAAAUUUUCCACUUUCAUUAAAUUAGAAAGAGUUUGGAAUGCGUACUAUUCGAAGAUUAAUUUCUUCCAAAUCUGUAGGCCAAAUUCAGGCUGCCCCACAUUACAACAUGGGACACGGAGCAGCGGUCGGAGGAUACAGUUCCUACACAAAGGAGGUUUUUUCGUUUCAGAUUUCCGAGAGUAUGAAAUCAAAAAAAGGUUGGUAAAUAUUAACUUUGUCUGUCGCUGUUUACACUAUUUAACCUUUGCGACUAAAUUUUGUAGAAUUGACAAGAAGAUGUUUGAAAAAUAGUUAAGCAUAGUUAAACUGGACUCACUCGAACCGAAGAUAUUUCGUACAUUAAAGAGUAAUCCACACAACUUUCGAAAGUUCUGAAGUUCUAAUCCGUUUUGUCGAAAUUCCAGGCUGAAAGCUCAAAAACAGAAUAUUUGCGGAAAUCAGCCUAAACGUUUCUUACAGAAUCCGAUGCCAGGAUCGGCGGGCGAAGUCAAUCCUCCCGUCGGCGGCGGCUACAACUCUUAUUCGAAAGAAGUAGGUAGAACUUUGCGAAGGCUCAUCUUAUUUUCUACUCUUUUCAGCAUCCAGUACCUGGAUCAGCUGGAGAAGUGCGUCCGCAUAGUGGAGUCUACGUCAGAACUAAAGCUUUUGUUGAAAAGAAAUUGACUUUUUUUUCAGGGAUCCGGAGGGAUCAUGGGCGGAACGCCAGCAUACAGACCGGUUGGAAUUAAUUGAAAAAGAAAAAAAAAUUCAGCAUAACAGGGUGAACCACAGAUUGGAUAUGGAGUUGGAGGAGCUCAUUUUGAGCAGGUUUUUUUCUCUCGUAUAAUUACUUUCAGUCGUAGUUAUUAUGAUAAAAGUCUUUUUUUUUCGACUCAAUAAGUUUCAUAAGAACCAAAGAUAAUCCGUCUACUCUUGGGCUUUCAGCGUCCUCGGCCUGGAGCCGGCGGCGAGGUCGACUUCGGAAAUGUUGCCUACGUAAGCAAUGUCUCCUUUUCAAUGCAUUCCUCGAUUUAUUUUUUUCUUUUUUAACUUCAAAAAAACUUUUCGAGGCAUUCAAUUCGAAACUUCUCAUCAAAAAAAAAGUCUAGCUAGAAGUCCAGUUACAAAAAACUUUUUCUGAUCUACAUUAAUUUGCCUCGACUUUUGACUUAAAACAGAGAAGAAAAGAUUAUAAAAGUUUAGAGCGGCGGAGGACAGUUUGGCGGCUACUCUGCUCAGGUAUGAAGCAGGAUAAGCGUUGAAGAAGUCAGAUUUACAGCAUCCUGAGCCGGGGUCUGCUGGAGAAGUUGGAAGCGGCGUCUAUGUGAGUUCCGUUUCCGACUCCCAUCAGAAAGAUUCUUUUCAGGGAUCGAGCCCGGCUGGAAGGCCACCAGGCUGCGAAUAUGGGAACGUGAGUGGGCCAGAGUCGGCAGUAAACGCGACAAUUGCAGGCCGGAAUGGCCGGACCACAUCAUCAUCGCAGAAACAACUACUGA